AUGUUUGUAUGUAAAAAAUGUUCAAGAUACGUAAUUAAGAAGAUUUUCUAUACGUUUAUAUGUGAGAGCAAAUAUCAGCUUCUGUUUUUAAGAAAAGGAAAUGAUUAUAAAAAUAUUUUUUUUUUGGAGAAAGGAUAUAUUAGUACUCAUGUAAGAGGUGACAAAAAAGAAAGAACACAAAAAAAAAAAAAUGAUUUGGAUAUAAAAAGGUUGUUUUUGGAUAAGCCCAGUACACCAAACAUAAAAGAUGAAUAUGAAAAGAAAACAAAUGAUAACAACAACAUGGAAGAGUAUAACAUAUGUAAUAAUAAUAUUAUUACUAAUAAUAAUAAAAUAAAAAAUUCUUCACAUAUGAAUACUUUUAAUAGUAAUAGGAAAAAGGUAUGUGUGAAGGAUAAUAUAAAUAAUAAUACCAUUAAUAAUAAUUAUGAGGAGCAAAAAGAAAAUAAAGAAGAGUAUAUUAAUACUCCGAAAGCCAAAAAUAAUUUAUAUAAUUUACCAUAUAAAAAUAAGGACACACAUAUUAUUGAUAAAAAGAAAUUAGAUGAACAAGUUGUAAAAGAAUUACAUAAUUUAAUAAUAUCUAUAAAAAAAAUAGAUAAAGAUAAAAAAGAAAAUAUCAUAAAAUAUAUAAAUACAUUAAAUAAAAAAUAUGUAAAAAAUAUUAAUAAGAAUAUAAUUGUAUUUUUUGAAAAUCUGGAUAUAUAUAUGUCCGUCAAUGGUUUGUUAAUAUGUGAUAUAGGAGGCGAAGAGAUAUUUAAUUAUAUUAAUAAAAUUAAAUUAACAAAUAAUAUCGAUAUAAAAAAAGAAACAUAUAAUGAUGAUAUAGAGAAACAUAAUGUAAAUACGAAUGAAAGGUUUUUGCACAUGGAUGAUGUUACGAAGGAAGACAAUAUUAAUAUAAAUAAUAUGUUUGAUAUAAAUUAUAUUAAGGAAAAAAAAAAAAGAAUAUAUGGAGAUAAUAUAUAUCCAAUAGUUGUUAAAUCUGAAGAAAAGGAAGAAGUUGUACCAAAAAAAAAAAAAAAAAAUUCUAAUAAUAUAAUUGUACAUAAUAAUAAUAUUAUUAAUAACAAGUGUGGUGAUUAUAAUAUAAUAAACUGUACAAACGAUUUAGGAGAAAAAACAAAAAAUCAUCAAACGAAUUAUUCUAAUAAUCCAAAAUUUGAUUAUCAAUAUAAUGAAGAAAAAGAAAAAGAAGAAGAAAAAGAAAGUAAUAUCAUCAAUGUUAGAAGGCAAAUGUUAAUUGAAAGAUCAUCUUAUAAAAAAGCCAUAGAAGAAGCUGAAGAAUUUGUUUCGAAUCUUCAUGAUUUAAAAAAAAUUACAGAAAUUCAAGGUUUGUGUAAAAUAUAUUUAAAUUGGAUUAGCGAAUUAGAAAAACGUAUUAUACUUUAUAAAGAAAAAAAUAAAAAUAAAAAAAAAAAAAAAAUUUUCCCAGACUUUAUAGAUGAUAAAUUGUUAGCUACAAUAACGGUCAAAUGGACCAUACAAUAUACUUUUAAUCCUUUAAAAAAAAAAUAUUCAAAUAAUGUUUCUACACAAUCUAAAUAUUUUGAGCACGAAUAUUCUUAUCAAUCUUUAUUUACUCAUAUAGCUAUAAAAAUAGGAGAAGAAAUAAACAAUGAACUCAAUUUCCAAUUACUAGAAAAAAAAAAUCAUCUUUAUAAUUAUAUGAAGAAAAAUAAAAAUAAUUCCUCCUUUUCUCAUUUCCAAAAAUAUAGGAUAAUAAAACAAAUGAAGCAGCAAAUUGGAAAAGGAAACCACAUGAAACAACAUGCUAUGUUGGGUGGCGACAACCAAACUUCGCAUCUUAAUUCUUGUGCAAAUAAUAAUUUUGAUAUAAAUUCUUGUGCAAAUAAUAAUUUUGAUAUUAAUUCUUGUGCAAAUAAUAAUUUUGGAAUCAAUUCUUGUGGAAAUAAUAAUUUUGGAAUCAAUUCUUGUGGAAAUAAUAAUUUUGGAAUCAAUUCUUGUGAUGAAUAUUAUGGACAUACAAAUAACCAUGUACAUAUAAAACAUGAUGAUGAUAAUAUAAUUGAAUGGAAUUCUGUUAAAAAGGCAACAAUAGGAGGUCUAUUAUUAAAUAUGCUUAUUGAGAAUGCAAAAAUGGAUGUUGAUAUUAAUGUAGCGAAAAAUGAAUUUAAAAAUGAAUAUAAAUAUUAUUUAUUUUUACAUAAAACAGCCAAAAAUAAUGCAGAGGAUUUAUAUGAAGAAUGUAAAUAUAAAAAAGAAUUAAAUUAUCAAAAAUUCUAUGAAGAGGAAUCCAAUACAUUAAAAUUUAUUAUUCUUGAUAAAUAUAAAAAGAAUAAUAGUUAUGAUAAUAAUUUUAAAAAAAAUUAUAUGGAAAAAAAAAUAUGUACCUAUAAUUAUGGAACACAUGAUAAAAAUGUGGUCAAACAAAAUAAUGGGGAUAAACAAAAUAAUGGGGAUAAACAAAAUAAUGGGGAUAAACAAAAUAAUGGGGAUAAACAAAAUAAUGGGGAUAAGCACAAUUGUGCAAAUCGUCAGGAGCUUCAACUUUCAGACAAUAAAAAAGAAAGUAACUUUUGUCAGAAACAAAGAGAAAAGUUAAUGAGAAAAGAAAUUAUUUUAUAUAGAUCGAAGAGAGAUAGGAAUAAAAUAGAGUUACCCGUAUUUAUUCAUUCUUAUGUAUGGAAAAAUAAUAAUUGGUAUGGUGUAAUACAUAUGCGUGAAUGUUGUGCAAAUUAUUUAUUAAAUAAUGCAAUAAAUUCCCAUAUUCCAUUAAAUUAUUUACCUAUGAUAUGUAAACCAAAGAGAUGGGAAAAUUUCGAAGGAGGGAUGUUAUUAUUAAAGAAUAGUUUUAUUCGUUGUAAUAUAAAACCAUUAUUUAAUUUAAAUGUUUGUAAUUUAAAUAGAAUAAAAAAUAUUGUAUCCGAAAUAGGUAAUGUGGGAUGGAAAAUUAAUAAAGAGAUUUUACAUUAUAUAGAAUAUGCAUAUAUUCAUGGAAUAACCAUAGGAAAAAUACCACUUUAUAAAAAUUAUACGUUACCAAAAUAUAUUAAUUUAAAAGAACAAAAUAAUGAAGAAAUAAAAAAAUAUCUUUUAUUAAAAGAAGAAAUAAAUAGAUUAAAUAAAUGCUUAAUAAGUGAAAGACCGACAUUCUUACAAAAAUUGGCAGUAGCAAAAACAUUCAAAGAUAAUGAUAUUAUCUAUUUCCCUCAUAAUAUAGAUUUUAGAGGAAGGAUGUAUCCAUUAUCACCACAUCUACAUCAUAUGAGUGAUGAUAUAUGUAGAAGCCUAAUCACAUUCGCGGAACAAAAAGAAAUAGGUAAUAAAGGAUUAUUCUGGUUAAAAAUACAUCUUGCUAAUACAUUUGGAAAAGAUAAAUUAAGUUUUCAAAAAAGAAUUCAAUGGGUUGAUCAAAAUAUUAAUAAUAUUAAAAAAUUAACUCAACAACCUUUUGAUAAUAUCGAAUUCUGGAAUAUGGCUGAAAAACCAUGGCAAGCAUUAGCUGUAGCAAUAGAUCUUAAAAAUGCUUUAGAAUCUCCUAAUGCUUCUAAGUAUAAAAGUAGUAUACCAAUACAACAAGAUGGUACAUGUAACGGUUUACAACAUUAUGCAGCCUUAGGAAAAGAUAAAUAUGGUGGAAAGGCAGUCAAUAUAAUUCCUUCUGAUGAACCACAAGAUAUAUAUUCCGUAGUUUUAGAUAUAGUCAUAAGUAAGAUAAAAAAUGACUUGAUGAAUAUAUCAAACGGUCAUCAUAAUAAUAUCAUAUCUUUUAGUAUUAAUGAAAAUAUAAAAACAAACAAAAAAUACAACAAUAACAUUAACAAUAACAUUAACAAUUAUAAUAAUAAUAACCAUAAUAGGAAUUCUAAUUCUAAUGUUAAUAAAAACGAAUUAGCUAGCUAUUGCUUCAAAUUUGAUCUUUUAAAAAGAAAAGUUGUUAAACAAACCAUUAUGACCAUAUGCUACGGUGUAACAUCUAUAGGGGCAAAAAAUCAAGUAAAAGGAAAAAUUCAAACCAUGAUAGGAAAAGAAUUAGAUAAAAAUAUAAUUAAUAAAUUGUCACAAUAUAUUGCCAAUUAUAUAUUUGAAUCUAUAAGUGAAAUAUUUAAAAGAGCUAUGAUCAUAAAAAAAUGGUUUAAUAAUUUAUCUAAAGUUACUAAUGAAUUAAACAUACCAAUCACAUGGAUAUCACCCAUAGGAUUACCAUGUGAACAACCAUACAGAUUAGGUAAUAGAAUUCUAGUCAAUACACCUUUACAAUCAAUUAGUGUUAUUUCAUAUAAAAAUAGUCAAUUACAUAAAAAUAAACAAAGGUUAGGAUUCCCACCUAAUUUUGUUCAUUCACUAGAUGCAUCACAUCUCAUGAUGACAGCAGAAAAAAUGGUCAUUCAAAAUAAUUUUAGCUUUGCUGCUGUACAUGAUUCUUAUUGGGCUCAUGCAUGUAAUGUAGAUAUUAUGAACCAAUUUAUACGAGAGUCAUUUAUAACAUUGUAUAAUGAACCUAUUCUAGAAAAUAUAUAUAACAACUUUAGAAUCAGGCUGGGCAAAUUUGCUACUAAAAUACCAUCAUCCCCUGAACAGGGAGAAUUGGAUAUCUCCAUGGUAAAGGAUAGUCUUUACUUUUUUAGCUGA